CCGGGGACCAAUAACAACGUAGAACCAGGAAGACCAACGCGUGACUGUGGAAGAAGAAGAAGAAACAUGCAUCACAGUCCUAAAUGAUGUGGGGAGAAAUCGAGCCAUGCCCCGCACCCAGCCCUGUCUGUGGGCUGCUGCUAUCGAGCUGUGAGACAGUGCUCCAUUCUCCCGGGUUAGUUCCAGAGGAUAAAAAGUAUGAUUACAGUCCAGUUGCUAAGGAGCAGCAGGGGGACAAUGAGAGCGUAUGUCCUAGCGAGCUGUCCUCCAUGAUCGAGGCCGUGGCGGCCAGCGAGAGCCCAGUGAAGAGCCAGCAGCUGGGGGAUCCGGACCUGACCCUGGAGGAGAGGAGGCAGGUCCUCCUGCAGCAGUACCGGGCCAAGCCCCUGGUGUUCCUGGAGCGCUACGCUGCGCACCUCAGGCCUGAGCACCUGGCGGCCUUCGCCCACCUGGGCGAUGACUGCAGGGCGCAGCACUACUGCAGGGAGGUGCAGAGGAGGGCGACCAGCCGGGCGGCCCACACCAGGGUCCGCAACAAGCGCUACGCCGCCCUGCGAGCUCUGCAGCAGGAGGGUCAGUAUUUCAGCGAGGAGCAGAUGCGGGUGCGGGAGCCCCUGCUGUAUGAGCAGUACAUCGGUCAGUACCUGAGCGAGGAGGAGCUGUGUCAGCGCGCGGCCCAGAGCAUGUCCGCAGGCUGCACCGGGCUGGCCGACCUGCUGAUGAACUCCUACCAGGAGAGGCUCCUCCAGAACACCCUGCAGCAGCAGCAGGACCAGGAGGAGGAGGCCCAAGAGGAGACCGAAGAGGAGGAGGAGGAGUGCUGUGAGGAAGGAGGCGGAGAGCACUGGGAGCCCAGUGAGGAGGAGAAGGCCCUGCUGAAGGAAGAGUUCCUAACACAGAUGCACCAGCGCUUCUUAGACGGCAAGGACAAGGGCUUCAACUACAGCGAAGUGGAUGAGAAUCCAGACUAUGACAAUCUGGAUAUCGUGAGCCGUGAUGCUGAAGAACGAUACUUUGAUGAUGAUGAUGAUGAAAAAGAGGAGGUAGAGGAGGAAGAAGAAGAAGAAGACGAGGAGGAGAUGCAGUAGCGUACAAAAAUAAUUUUUCCGUUUUGAAAAUCCCCAGAACUGUAAAUGCUAUUUUCAUUUUUCAUCAUUAUGCAGUUGAAUCCUGUAUACAUUCAUAUUUCUGUGUAAAUCUCUCUGCUUUUUCUUUGAUCAUUUCUGUAUGAAAGGGGAGACACAUUUUCAUUAAAUUAUGUAAAUCUUUGUA